UGCCCCCGUCUUGCCACGGCAGGUUUGAUGCCGGUUCCGGCAUGGCCACCAUCCGGCACUCUUCGAUCCUCAACCUGGGCGAGUUCCACACCGUCCGCCUCUAUCGCAACCUGACUCAGGGGUCUCUGGUGGUGGACGGCCACCCCGCCGUCAACGGCAGCUCCCAGGGCAGGUUUCAAGGCCUGGAUCUCAACGAGGAGCUGUACCUGGGCGGGUACCCCAAUUAUGCAGCCAUCGCAAAAACCGGCCUCAGUGGUGGAUUUGUGGGUGAGAUGAAGGCGGCGGACGGGUCGGUCCAGGGAUGGGGGGAUGGAGCGG